GAGACAGUAAGAGAGAGAGAGACAGACAGUCAGACAGACAGGGAGAUGGGAGAAGGGGGAGCGAGGAGUUAUUUCAAAGAGUAGAAAAUAACGAGACUGAAGCAAAAGGAAGAGCAAAGAGAAAACACAACUUCUCUGUCUGCAACACUUCGGCUGUGUGUCAAGUCUUUUCCUACCAUGGACCAGUCAUCCUUGAAGUGACUGUGAGGGCCAAACAAGGACACAAAGCAGAAGAAGAGAGAAAGACAGAGGAGGGAGAAAAGCAGCAAACCUUAGCUGAGGUGAAGAAAAAGCAGCUGUGUGGGAGAGCAGAGGCAAAGAGAGAGCGACAAAAGGCGGGGGAGUGGAGGAGUGAGGAGCCCCGUUCUUCCAGCAAAGUGAGAGGGGAAACGGGGGGAAAUAAUAAACAGAAGAAGAAGAGGAAGAAGGAGAGGAGUGAUAAAGAGUUGGGGAAGGAGGGAGAAGAGUCGGCUGGACAUGGGGCUUUGUGCUGUUCUCCUGAUCUGUCUCUCCCAGGCUGAGCUGGGGAGAGUCUGGGCUCAAGAGCAUGAAGGUGCGCUGAGCCGGACUCCUCUGCGGACAGAUGGGGAUCCAUCCGGUUUUCACCCCCACGAGCACAAAGAAACCAGCAACACACAGGCCGAAGGUGGAGGCGGAGGCGGAGGAGGAGGAGUCGAUAUCAGCCCCCUGCCUGACGACAUGACCCGCAUAUUAGAGGACACCAAGAGCUACUACACAUGGCAGAGCUUUGGUCCAACUGACAGACAGACUGAAGACUUGUGGGUAGAUUUGAACACGCUGCACAAGAGCCAAGUCCGAAUCCAUGGCAUACUGUCCAAUACACAUCGACAGGCAGCGAGGGUGGCACUUUCUUUUGAUUUCCCUUUUUAUGGACACUACUUGAGACAAAUUAUCGUAGCAACUGGCGGGUUCAUCUUCAUGGGGGAGAUUACUCAUCGAAUGCUGACUGCCACACAGUACGUUGCCCCCCUCAUGGCCAACUUUGACCCCAGCUUCUCCAAAAACUCAACAGUGAGGUACUCGGACAACGGUAACCUAUUCGUGGUGCAGUGGGACAAGGUGCGGCUAAAGGACAGAGAGGCUGAAGGAGCUUUUACUUUCCAGGCAGCCCUCCACAGAAAUGGAACCAUUGUUUUCAACUACAGAGAUAUCCCUGUGCCAGUGGAGAAAAUUAAUUCCACCGAGCAUCCAGUGAAAGUGGGACUGUCUGAUGCUUUCAUGGCAUUCCUCUCCCCCUCGCAGCUCUCAGAUCCAAAGCGGCGCACUAUCUACGAGUAUCAUCGUGUGGAGAUUGACACAACAAAGAUUGUUAACAGAUCUGCUUUUGAGUUCACUCCUCUACCCACUUGUCUUCAGCACACAUCCUGUGAUCUCUGCCUAACAUCCAACUUGACAACCGACUGCGGCUGGUGCAACACACUUCAACGAUGUUCUGACGGUAUUGACCGGCAUAGACAAGAGUGGUUAGAUUAUAACUGCCCUGAAGAGGCUAAAGGCACAUGCGAGGACUACAACCCGAUACUACCUGAGGGAUCCAUGAGCUCCUUCAACCACUCUUCCCCAGGUCCAACGCCUUCUUCAGCAGUGCUCGAAGACCAGCCUGUCACUAGCGAUUUACAGACGGGUUCUUCAAAGCAUAAGGGGAUAACAGAGAACACGGCCAUCAUAGCAGGUGUGGUGGCUGCCCUUGUUCUGCUUGUAGCUCUGACCUUACUGGCUGUCUACUACAUCAACACACACCCUACAGUUGCUCCACCGUUCUACCUCAUGCAGCGACACACCAAUAACUACUGGCCCUCUAUGAAGUUCCGCAACCAGGGUUGCCACUCCAGUUACGCUGAGGUUGAGCUUGGGGGUCACGAAAAAGAAGGUUUCAUUGAAGCUGAGCAGUGUUGCUAAGGGUCCUGGACUUGCAGGACUCAGAAGAAGAAAGGACACCAUCUUGAGGAUUGUAACGGCACUACAGGGGGAUGAAUACGGACGACCAGCCAGACCAUUGACACAGGAUGCCCUACUCCAACCUUGGCGGCUGGACAGUGUUUACUGUAACUGCUCUCGUAGCUCUUUCCAGCUUUCUCUGUGUAUCUUGCUCUUUGCCAUCGCACACAGGAGACUGGCCAUAUUAGCCAAGGGUUGGAGGGUCUGAGAGGAAGACGACUGCACAGAAAUGAUGAGAUGCAAAUGUGUAACUGUACAAAACCCAUCUAUCCAAGGGGAUGUCAGGGAAUGAAUUGAACUAGCCUUCAUACUGCAAACCAAUGUACAGCUCAACUUAACUAUGUAUUUUUUGUUUUUACCCAGUCUAUGGAGUUAUUUUUGUUUCUUGAAACUUCUACGCGAGCAAUGAUUGGUUCAUAAAAUGUUAUAUCUCUGGACUACAACAGAUAUUUAGCUAUACUGUAUUACUGAUAGUGAUUAUAAUGAUCAUCUCAAACUUCUCUGGAGAAAAAUGUUUGGAUGAAUUGUAGCGAUGUCAAGUUAUGAGAGUUUUCUUUUGACCUUUCUCUUUAAAUGUCUUCUAAUAAAAGCUGGU